GAUCGCCGUUAUACAUACAGAUCUGUACGAUUGAUUUAUUCACUAAUUGCCAACAUUGUAAUUGUGAAGUGAGAAUGUUUGGUUUAGUUUUAUUCACAAUAUUUGCAGUAUUACCUGAUAUCUCGCUAACUUUCGUGCUGGAUGAAAAUGCCAAUAAAUUGCCUGAUCUGAAAUGGCAAUGUGACACUAUUUGCUUAGGAUCAGGUGGCAGAGCCCAGUUUGAUCCAGAACACAAAAUAUGUAAAUGUAUUAUGGACAAAAACGCAGACGAUAUCGAUAUUGAAUUGAUGCAAAAGACUGCGAGGAACUUGGGACUUGACAUUAUCACUUGCAAUGAAUAUAAGGAGCUAGAAAAACGAGAAAUAAAUGAGAGAGAAGAAAACGAAGAACAGUUAGUUGAAAUAGAAGAUCGCAUUGGAGCAAGCUCUUCCUCGUUUUAUUCCAAAUUUGAUCAUAAACCAUCGAUGCAGAAGACUUCUACCUCUAAUAAAAAACUUAUAGUUGCACCUUCCAAAAAUAAGUUUCCAUAUGUUAAAACUAUAGAAAAGCUGAGAAAUACCAAAGACAACGAUCAUCAUAAUUUAAAAUCUCGAAUGUUGAAUGUAUUGAAAGAACAGAAACAAAAAUUAGAUCGUAUAUUGGAAGAAAACGGAGCUAAAUUAUUAAAAGCGAGGAACAAUUUCAAUGAAUCGAGCCCUAAAAAACUUUUAGAUGUUGCUAAGACAAAACAUAAAGAAUUAUUGGACAAAUAUUUAUCAAGAAAAGAGAAAAUUUUGAGUCGUUCGUCUUUUAACAAAGAUCAUAAAACUGCUUUGGCUUCAAAAUUGGUAACACCGAAAAAAAGUUCAGGAAUCAGCCCUGCAGAAUCAACAGGAAUAAUAGUUCAGCCUCCUGGCACUUUCGAUGAUAUUGCAGAGUAGAAUAAAUAUUAUUACAUAGCUAUCGGCUAUAAAUAUCAGUGAACGGUUUUAGUAUGAGAAUAAAAUCUAACGGCAACUAAAACAUUUUUGUAGAAAUAAUAUAGUCAUAUCGACUCAUAAUUCUGCGUUAUUUAUUUUUAUCUUGACUUCAUAUUUUGUGUAUCAAAUAUCGUUAAUAAAUAUAAAUGGUUAUUAUCAAUUCUUGAGAAAGUACCGCAGUUGGUGUUUUACUGAAACAAUAAGAAGCUCCAUCGUAAGUAUAUCAGUAAAAGCAAUUUUGGGAAUGGAUAAUUUUUCAAGUUAUAUUAUCGUUUUACAGAGUAAGUUUUAUGUAUCGAACGCCUCAACUAUCUCGAAAAAGGAUUGUACGUUUCUAUAAAUUUUUGUCUACAAGGGUUUUGUGGUACAGCUUGUAUUAUGUUGGUAUUUACAUU